AUGGCUAUAAUAAGGCUCUCCCUCUGUUCAGCUCUGCCACUGCCCUUAAGCCAUGUCUCAUCAACUAACAAAGUGCCCAACAAGAGUAGAUUUUUUAUGUGUGCCAAAAAUGGCAUAUCAGUUAAUCCUCAGAUCAAAUUGUCUGAUCAUGGUCACAAGAAGAACAAGAUAUUUGAGGAUAGGUCAGCUGGUAUUGUUUGCUACAGAGAUGAAAAUGGGGAGAUUACUUGUGAAGGUUAUGAUGAGGGCCCUCGUUUUCACCAGCAAAUAUCAUUAUGUUCUUGUAGUCCAAGCAGAGAUUUGGAGAUAAUAGAGUUGCUGCAGAGGUGUUGGGUUCAGGUGGGUGUUGAGAGUGAGUUCACAAGUACAGCAGAUCACAAAGGUGUGGCUGGGCACAGGGGAUUUUAA